AUGACUCUUAAUUGGGAUUUCAUGGUGAUUUCUAGUUCUUCAAAGCAUGCUAUAGUUAUCUUUGCCGCUUUAAUACUGUUGAGCAAUAGAGCAAACUGUGAUGAUUCUCUACAUGCCAACAAGGGGAACACCUGCCUAGAGAGUGAAAGGAGAGCUUUGAUUGCCAUCAAGAGCGAUAUGUAUGAUCCUGGCGAGUGGUUAUCUUCAUGGACCGGCUAUGAUUGCUGCAAGUGGAGAGGAGUUGCUUGCGACAAUGUUACUGGUUUUGUCACUAGUCUUGACCUUCACUAUCCCUUUGAAUAUAAUCCACGGGUGGGGAUUAGUAGCAACCCCUAUGAAUAUUAUCUUUGGGCGGAGAUUGAUUUCUAUCCCUAUGAUUAUAAUCCAUGGGUAGUGGAGCGUAUUGGUGCGAGCAAGGUAAAUCCUUCUCUGUUUGAACUGAAGCAUUUGAGAUACUUGGAUUUGAGCUUUAAUAACUUCUCAUAUGCGCAUGUGCCUCCCAUGAUUGCCUCACUUGUGCACUUGGAAUACCUUAACCUCUCCAAUGCCUGUUUUGAUGGAUUAAUUCCUCCUGUAUUAGGGAAUCUUUCCCACAUACAACACCUUGACCUUGGAAAUUGUUAUGCAUAUCCAAGUACUCUAUUCUCAAACAACUUGAGUUGGCUCCCCAACUUAAAUUCUCUAGAAUAUCUCGACAUGAGUUGUGCCAACCUCUCUAAAGCAACCAAUUGGCUCCACCAAAUUAAUUUGAUUCCUACUCUACAAGUGUUGCGUUUGGGGGAUGCAUUUCUCCCAAAUGUUCCACCUUCUUUACCCACAUUUAACCUCACAUCCCUCACCAUGCUCGAUCUCAGUGGGUAUGAAUGGAACAUCAGCGCUUCCAUGUUGAGGUGGUUGUCUAAUGCCAGUAAUCUUGAACACCUCGAUAUAUCUAGAUGCUGGAUGACGGUGUUUGAUGCUGAGGCGUUUUCAGUUGCUUUGGGAGCUCUGCAUAAUUUGAGGAAGCUAGUUUUGGUCGAUACUCAAAUAGCAGGAGAAUUUUCUACAAUUCUGAAGAAUGUUAGCAGAAUGUUGCAAUAUUUAGAUUUGCGAUGGAAUUUCUUAUUAUCUGGAGAAAUUUCAACAAUUUUGUCGAUCCUUCCGCACCAACUGGAGUUCUUAGCAUUACACGAUAAUAACAUCUAUGGGAGAAUCCCAGAGAUGUUAGGGAAUUACACAAGCUUGAGAUACUUGAGUAUGUCCUACACUCGAAUAACUGGAGAUAUUCCAAGAACAAUAGGGAAACUUAUCCAUUUGGAGUAUCUUGAUUUGUUUGGAAAUCAUAUAACAGGUGAGAUGCCGUUGAGCCUCGGCAACCUUACGAAUUUGGUAUUUCUACGUUUGAGUGGAAACAAUAUCACAGGACCAAUACUAGAGAGUGUUGGUAAUUUGGUUUCCUUGAAGAUUUUAGCUUUGUCUGAAAAUAAGAUUACUGGAGAAAUACCAAAGACUUUGGGGAGUCUUCAAAAUAUGCUAAUAUUAGAUUUACAAGACAACUUUCUCACUGGGCAAAUACCAACAACAAUUGGCAGAAUUUCCAAUCUGCGUUAUUUGGAUGUAUCAGAGAACCACUUAACUGGAGAAAUACCAACAACGAUUGACAGAAUUUUGAGCAGAAUUUUCAACCUGCGUUAUUUGGAUGUAUCAGAGAACCACUUAACUGGAGAAAUACCAACAACGAUUGACAGAAUUUUCAACCUGCGUUAUUUGGAUGUAUCAGAGAACCACUUAACUGGAGAAAUACCAACAACGAUUGGCAGAAUUUUCAACCUGCGUUAUUUGGAUGUAUCAGAGAACCACUUAACUGGAGAAAUACCAACAACGAUUGGCAAAAUUUUCAACCUGCGUUAUUUGGAUGUAUCAGAGAACCACUUAACUGGAGAAAUACCAAAGACUUUUAGCCGUCUAUGCAACCUAUGGAUGCUAGAUCUGUCAUUAAACAAUAUCAUCGGAGAGUUAGCAGAUCUACUUGAUGGCUUAUCUAAUUGUCCACAAGGAGCAGCGUUAUCAUCCUUACGCAUUGCUGACAAUAAUUUGAAUGGAAUUAUUCCAUCCAACCUUGGACUGUUAGCUCAAUUAGAGGAACUGGACCUCUCCUCAAAUUCACUGCAAGGACAUUUCAAGGCUAUGUUUCAAGAAUAUUAUACCAAUUCUAACUCAUGCCAUGAUAAUAAUCUUCAAUGUGCAAUGGCACCUAUGGGCUCUUAUAGACCAAAGGAUAAGAUCCUAAUAACUGCCAAAGGAUCAACCUAUGAAUACAUUAGAAUUCUCUCCCUCGUGACCAGCAUAGACCUAUCGCAUAAUAAUCUUUCUGGUGAAAUCCCAAACGAGCUAAUGAUGCUUCGUGAUUUGCACUUCCUGAGCUUGUCCAACAAUCACUUGACCGGUACAAUUCCUGAAAACAUUGCCAUUUUGACAGAGUUAUUUUCUCUUGACUUGUCAAUGAACAAUCUCACUGGCACAAUUCCCUCCAACUUAUCUGCUCUAAACUUUCUCAGUCACUUGAAUCUCUCUUUCAAUAACUUGUCCGGAAGAAUCCCAACCGGGAAUCAAUUUCUAACCUUCGAUGACCCUGCGAUAUACGCUGGCAACAAGGACCUUUGUGGUUGGCCACUACCCGAGUGUCCUAGUGAUGAAGCCCAGCGAGGUCCACUUCAUGCAAGAGAUGAUGAUGAUGUUAAUGGCAGCAAGCUUGAAAAAGUUCUGGAUUAUGCCUUCAUUGCUAUGGGAUUUAUAGUCGGAUUUUGGGCAUAUUGGGGCGCAAUGAUCAUGAAAAAGUCCAUCAGAAUUGCUCUCUUCCAGAUGGUGGACAGGAUUUAUGACUAUGUGCAACUCGCAGUGAAGUUUGGAAGGUGA